UGCUGCGUAAAUAUUACUAGCAAACGCAGUGAAUGUAUGUUUGCAUGUGCAGUACAAGAGCAUAUUUUUGACAUAUCACAUAUAAAUUACAAAGAUGAGCCGCCUUGCCUCUUUGUUGCGAAGAACAUUUGGCGUGGUAAAAGAGCACGUCGGCACAGAUCUUUCUGGAAACAAAUAUUACAACAUACCCGAGCAGAAGACAUGGACGGGGCGAGUCGUUCGGCCCAGACGUCUUGUAGAAGUAGCCAAUCUAAAAGAGUUUGAGUACAUAGAGGGAAGCAUACCUUCAGAAUGGGAUGCUUGGAUCAGAGGCAGGCGGAAACAGCCACCUACUAUUGAGGAGUUGCUAAAGAACGAACACAGCAGGGAGCAGAUAAAAAUAAAAGCUGCAGAGGUCGAAGAAAUGGACAAAGCUUUGCAGGCCAAAGAGUAUGAAGAUGGUUUGGUGGCCGAGCCUGUUCAGACUCAGAUCAAAGGUCACGCUUCAGCCACACAGUUUGGACAGACUGAAUUUAGCGAAGAACCAGUUAGCACCGCUAACACAUUCCAGCCAGGGUCCUGGACACCAGCAGGAACCAAAAAAUAGGCCUGUUUGGAUCAUCUUUUGUUUACUUCAUGUAAAUUUGCAGUUUAAUUGAAUUGGUUUAAUUGCAUUUCAAAACUUACUGUGUCUAAAUAUUCAGUACUGGUUUCUGGAGCCAACUGAGGAACAGCGCAUGUGGUGAUUGGUUUAGGUCUUCUUUUUUUUUUUUUUGAGAAGUAUUUGAAUCUGGACAUAUGCUAAAAACUUUGUAGGUUUGUUUAAGUAGAAACUAAUGUAAAACCAUGACAGAGUUGCAGAUUUCCUUUUGCACUUUAUUUGUAAAUCGGGUGAAUAAAAUGUGCAGAUGAGGUUAA